GUCAGUCAGUCAGAAUUUACCCAUGACACAUCACGGGUUUGAUGCUCUCGAACAGGCUCGAGGAGUAUUUUCUCAGCGUUGUACAUACUACCGCGUUCAUGACAACUCGGAACUUUAUGACUUGGAAACUCGUUGUAGAAAGAUAAUGUCCGAGUUUCCCCACUUGGAACGUAUCAGAAUCAACCAAAAGGAAGCUCUACAAAAAAAACGCACUUAAUAUUAACUCGGAGGUUCUGAGUUUCCGAGUGGUGUGAAACGCGGCAUAGUAGCUGCUCCACGUCUCACUGCUGGCCUUGCUGCCAUACACUGCCGCCGGUGACUCCGAACUGGAAGAUGGCUGCGGUGGAGCGUCCCCCAGUCAAGGAAGGGGUCCGGAUAGCUUUACUCUGUUUCUGUUGGUAUACUGUUAGUUCGGGAGGCAACGUAGUUAACAAAAUUAUUCUAAAUGGGUUCCCUUAUCCUGUCACCGUUUCGCUUUUUCAUAUAUUCUCAAUCGUCGUCUUCCUUCCACCGCUGCUGCGGGCAUGGGGAGUCCCCAAAACAGAAGUACCAACUAGAUACUUCAAAUGGUAUAUUCUCCCUUUAGCUUUUGGAAAAUACUUCGCAUCUGUGUCGGCCCAUUUCAGUAUAUGGAAGGUACCUGUUUCCUACGCACACACUGUCAAAGCCACAAUGCCAAUAUGGGUUGUGUUGUUAUCAAGGAUUAUCAUGAAGGAGAAGCAAACGACGAAAGUGUACCUAUCUCUCAUCCCCAUCAUCGGAGGAGUGCUUCUGGCCACCAUGACAGAAAUGUCCUUUGAUGUAUCUGGGUUAGUCAGUGCCCUGGCCGCCACACUCUGCUUCUCUCUGCAAAACAUCUUCUCCAAAAAGGUGCUGCGGGACACGAGGAUCCACCACCUGAGACUUCUCAACAUACUGGGCUUCAAUGCUGUUUUCUUCAUGGUGCCUACGUGGGUUCUGGUGGACCUCUCCUCAUUCUUGGUUGAGGGGGAUUUUACGGGAAUGUCUGAAUGGACCGGCACCUUCCUCCUCCUCCUGGUCAGCGGCUUCUGUAACUUUGCCCAGAACGUCAUUGCCUUCAGUGUCCUCAACCUGGUCAGCCCGCUGAGCUAUGCUGUGGCCAACGCCACCAAGAGGAUCAUGGUCAUCAGCAUAUCGCUCCUAAUGCUACGCAACCCUGUCAGCUCCACCAACAUCAUGGGCAUGAUGACAGCCAUAGUGGGCGUCUUCCUGUACAACAAGGCGAAAUAUGACGGCAACAAGGAAGCUAAGAAAAAGCUGCUGCCUUCCUCCAAGCAGGACAUGAUGUCCUUCGACAACUUGGGAGUGGACAAGACGCAGCCCAAUGGUUCAGUGCCUUUCUCCCAAGGUUCAGACAUUCAGUAUGGUCGAAGCAACGUGCUGACCGACCACUUCCAGUACAGCCGGCAGGCCUAUACAAUGAACUACGGCGCCUCCAAUCACCAGUAUGUGGUUUAGGCUGGUGGAUUCCUCCAAGGACAUAUUGUAUUUGUUUCCAGCAGCAUUCUUAAACCACCUCUAACAAAAAGGAAGGCAAGGACUGUCGUAUUGGCGGAAGAGUGAAGUAUCAGUCAUGAGUUGGCCAGCGUUUUGUCCCAAACACGUUCUCUAACAUCUUCUCUUCACCUCCUUGUGUUGUAUUUAUUUUGAUAUGAACACUUAAAAGGGAUAGUUAAGUCAAAAUCAAAGUUUGUCAGAUGUUUUCAGACCCCAAAAGUCGUCCACUUCCAACCCUGUCCCUCGUCAACUGUUGCAGAUAGUAUCAAUCUUUCCAGUUAAUUUGGGAUUGAGGCAUACCACUGGAUCUACGUAACAGAUGGCUUGGAACAUGGACUCGUUUGACAUUUAGAUUUUGGAGUGAACUAUCUGUUUGUUUUUUGUUUGCUUGCUAAGGAAGGGAUGUUCUUGUAUUAUUUUUUUCUGUGGGAGUUUGCUAACGUGGGAAUAAUUGUUACUGUAGCUACAAUAGCGUAGUUAAAAAUAAAUACAUCACAACUUUAACUGUAUAUCAAAGACCAUGAAAUGUUUACCAUGCCCAUAAUGCCUUGUGAAUCAGGCUUGCCCUCAGUUACAUUGACCCCAAUUUUAUCACAGAAGACCUGAACAUUUUACAUUAAUGAUUGGCAAUGUUUGUCCUAUACAUGUAAAACCGUUUGACCUGAUGACAUUUUCUGGUUUGUCUUUAACUAGUGAUGGAGGCAUGAAAAUGUAUGUAAUCGGUUGUAGGUACAGACAGGUCGCUUGUUUGAAUACCCAAUCCGAAAAGGUGAAAAAUCUGUCUGUGCCCUUGAGCAAGGCCCUUAACCCUAUUUUGCUCCAGAGGUGCCGUACUACUAUG